AUGAAAAAACAAUAUAAAAUUGAUGGAAUGUUUUUUGGAUCAUUUGCUAUAUUAGUUUUGACAGAUAGAUUAUGGUGGUUUAUUCAAACAUUUGUUCUUUCAAAUUUUGGUCAAUUUCGUUUGAUGUCAAUUUAUAUGGGUAUUGAAUCAUUAAUGUUAAUGAUAUUUACAGGUUAUGGUGGUGCUUGGCUUGAUAAACAUAGUAGAUUUUAUGGUAUAAAAGUUUUGUUAUGUAUAGUAACAAUUUUAAGCAUUAUUUCAUGUAUAGCUAUAAAUUUUGCUUUUAAAUUAAAUUAUUUAAAUGAAGAAAAAAUAAAUAAAAUAUCAAAUAGUUGUUAUUUUAGUUUACUUAUUUCUGUUAUUUCAACAUCUAUAGGAUCAUUUUUUUAUAAUUUAAUACGACUUGUCUUAACAAAAGAUUGGAUUGUAAUAUUAUCAAAAGAAUUUAAGAAAAAUGAAUUUGAUGAUGAAUCAAUUAGAUCAAAAAAGUUUAAAAAUGAUAAAAAGUUAACUUAUUAUAAUACAAUAAGUGCUUUAAUUUAUCAAAUUUCAUUUAUAAUUGAACCAAUUAUUACAGGAUUUGUUAUGAAUUAUUUAAAUUAUCAAAUGGCAUCAAUUGUAUUUUGCAUAUUUAACAUAAGUAUGUGGAUUAUUAUUAGUUUAUUUUUAAAUUUUAUCUACAAAAAUGUUAAUAGAUUAAAAAGAAUUAAAAAAAGACGACAUGAAGAAGAAAAAUUAAAAACUAUUUGUAAUUCAAAUAUUUCUACAUGUAUAAAUGAUAAUAAAUUAGAUGUUAAAAAUGAAUUAAAAAUUAUUAAAUUUUUAAAACAUCCUGUAAGUUUUGUGGCAGUUGCUUUAUCAUUGACAUAUAUGAAUAUAUUACAACUAAGUGGAGUAUCAAUUACAUAUGCAUCAAUAAAUAAUGUUUCAGAACAAUCAUUAAAUUUAUUUAGAUGUAUUGGUUCUAUUUUUGCAUUAAUAGGAACAAUAUUAUAUCCAUUGUUUAAAAAAUUUUUUGGUUUAAAAAAAACAGGUUUUAUAGGAUUUUUUAUGCAACAAAUAUUUUUAUUACCAUCAGUUAUUUCAAUUUUUUUACCAGGAAGUAUUUUUGAAUAUAAUAUUUUUUUUAAAGAAUUAACAAAUAUAAAUUAUAGUAUUUAUAUAUAUUUAAUUGGUAUAACAUUUUCAAGAUUAGGAUUAUUUAUAGGAGAUUGUGCUGUUAAUCAACAAAUGCAACAUAUGAUUGAAGAAGAAAUUCGAAGUGAAAUAUUUGGAAUUCAUACAUCAUUAAGUUAUACUUUAACAUUAUUAAGUGCAGGUUUAAUAUUUCUUUUUCCAGAUCCAAAAUAUUUUGGAUUUUUUAUAAUAUUAUCAAUGAUAGAAUUAAUUGUUGGUAUUAUUUUUUAUAUAAUACAUAUGUAUUCAUAUUAUAAAUAA